AUGUCAUAUCUACAAAAGUUUGUUUGUCACUUAUACGGACAAGAAAAUGAGAUUGAUGUGGAUAAUGCUCGACAUAACCUUUUUAGAAUGGGAAAUUGCACUGAAGAAACACUGCCACCCACUUCAGGCAGCUUAGUGCAGCAUAUACAUUGUGCGAACUACGAAAGCUAUGUCAGACAUCGAUGUAUGGUGCAAUUUAUAACUGCAGGAAGUCCAGAUGGACAUGGCUGGUACAUCAAGAAUGGGCAGGUAUGCAUCAAGUGGAUGACUCUUCCAGUGGCACCGGAUAGCAUGUUGGAGAUCAUGAACUGUUCCUGCAAAACAGGCUGCAAGUCUAAUCAGUGCUCAUGUAAGAAAGCAAACCUGAAUUGCACUGAUUUGUGUAAAUGUUCGGAUAGUUGCAAAAACAAAGAUAGGUCUGAGGGAUGAUUUUUUCAUUGACUUUGAUGACGAAGAUGCAUAUGAAAAUAAUGAAGGACUUGAUAUUGACAAUGUUAAUUAGAACCUUAAUUACUUAUAUAUUCAUAUUAUAACACAAAUAAUUAAAAUCAUCUGAGAGUAUUAUCUUCGACACUGCUGUUUUUUAGUCCUAAACAGUGGUACAACUCCUGCAUCUCAACCACAAUUAUUACGACCGCAAUUAUUCUGUUUGAUACUUUGGGCAUACUUUUUUAUGCAUGGCAUUGUGAGCAAUUUGUUGGAUACAACAUUUAUCACUAAAUACAGAGAUGUAGUGACAAAAACUUGAAAUGGUGUUGUGUUGAUGUUUAGAGUGGUAAACCAAUUUUAAAAAAUGCUUAGUCAGCAUAUUUUUAAAAACUUCUAUUAGCUAUAACAUUUCAACGAAAACAUUGAAGUUAUAUGUGUAAUAUAAUUUUUUUCUCUACUAAUGAGUGUUUAACUAAUUACACUGCCAAAUUUCAAAAUUUUUCGAAUUUGUGUUUUCUUUCUUGUAUAUGAUGUCAUCAUUAUGAAAAUGACCGUUUUUACCCAAACUGGUUGGCGAAAUGGGGACCAAUUUGUUUACUCAUCUUUUAUAUCAUAUUUUUAAUAAUUUGAAGAAAACAAAUCGUAUUCUUUAAAUGUGUCCAACAAAAAUGUAAUUUUGAGCUACUUUUGAAGUUAUAGCCGGCAGCCUAAUAUACGAGCGGGAAUUUUACUUCUCUUCGUUGUUUGACAAUUCGAAACAUGUUUGAACAGAAAAAUAUAUAGAUGAAAUAUCAGAAAUCGGACUCAGUUUAUGUUUUCCCAAUAUAAGUUUUAGAAUAGUCAAUAUUUCAGAGUUAUAUACUUUAUAUGAUUCGACACAUAUAACACUAGCAUGGAUUGCCAUGUUUUGCGCCUUUAAGGCUAAACCCCUCCCCCCCAGCCCGCCCCUAUUGCCUUUGCUUGCAUCAGGCAAUAACAAACAACACGAUUGUAAACACUGCCAGGUGAUGCACCGACGUGAAUGUUAUAUUGUUAUUGAUAUACAUGUAAUGCCAAUUAUGCUAUUAUGCCAAAUCAUCCAAAACGUCGGAAAGUUGAAUGUCUCCUUUGUCAGACAACAUUUGACAGCGAUUAUCGCACUCGCCAUAACAGAAAGUAUCACGCUGAUCGGUUAAAGAAACACCAGCAUAUUCCCUACAAGAAUGCUGGGGCUCCAGCAAAUCCCCUUCAGGUUAGUUCGUUAUGUUAGUUAUAUAAACUGAAUAAUUUUCAGUUGGGAUGUAGAUAAACGAAAAUACCAACAAUUUAUUGCAGUACCAGGUGAAAUACGCUAACGAUAAAUUGUUUACGAUUUACAUCAAUUAAAAGCCCGACAGCUCGUUUAGGUCUUUCGAAUCGUUACGAAUGAAUUACAAUAUUGUAUUUAUUAUAAGUAAAUACCUGUUUAGUUUUAAUUUAAACAGAGCCUCAUCAGCCGAUGCAAUUAUGUUUAUAAAAGUUUAGCUACAUUCAUAAUUGCGGCAGCAAUGACUAAUGGCAAUGUGUAUACAUAUUAAUAAAAAACGGACAAAAACAAUUUGACAAUUAUUUUCUUCUAUAUAUUUAAUAUGUUUGCUCAAAAUACAUGCAGAUGACAUAUUGGUAUUUUAGGGAUAAGGAUAAAACACAGAUGCGGACAUACGGAUGAGCGGCGUAAGAAUGGGUGAACGAGUUUCGGACGGACAUACCGAUGAAUUAGUCGUCCGCGUUUUAUCCUUCCUGGUAUUAUAGUUGUAUUGUCUACAGUAUCAACAGAUAUUGAGUCACUUAUUCACUUAUUAUCACAAGUUCCUUGACUAGAGCUGAUAGCAAAAAUGAACUCAAUCUGAUUUUCCGCUGCGAAUAAGUCAUUCCGUAUUUGCCCCAUUUCUACAAUGAAAUUUUACUAUGAGUUCUUAUAUAGAAAUAUCUACUUACUAAGGCUGCGUCUUCAUCAUCAACAUUGCAAGAACUAUCUUCUUCUAGCCACCAAGAGUCUGGGAUUGGGACUAUUACAAGGGGAGAACUAUUCGAGCAAGAACAUACAAUAUCAAGCCCUAUCCUAUUGACUGGGACGUCGCAAUCUGCAAGGAACCUGUCACGUGAUAAUUACAAGAAAGCCGACAAAAGCAAAGAUCCGCCAGCUUGUCCCAAAUUUCAGUUGACUCGGUUGACAAACAAUACAGCUAGUGCAGAAGUGGCAUUGUAUUCCAUCGAUGUAGAAGAAACGGUCAACGGAUUCGCCAAGGAAGCACAUUGCAAAAUUAACAGAGAAGAAUUGAAUUCUGUUGAAACAGAGGAAACUGCAGACCAAUUGGCUAAUCAAGCAAGUCGCGAAAUUAACAGCGAGGAAUUGAGUUCUGUACGUGUCAAACAAGGGGAAACUAUAGAGGCUAAUGGAUCAAGUUGCGAACUCCACACAGACAUGAACGAUUGUCUUGUCUCAUUUAUGAGUGCAGAUUUGCAAAACAAGAUAAUAAACAGCAUAGGAAAUCAACUCCAGAAAGUCAUUGUCGGUAAAAUAAACGCUGCGGGAAUGUACAGUAUUGCCAUGGAUUGCAUACAGACAGUUCUCAUGCAGAUCAACUGUCGAUUAUUAUUCGUUACGUAA